AUGAAACUCCAAAAGCUUUAUUUGCGUUAUUAUCCUCCUGGCAUCGGUUUAUGCUACACAAAAGGCCAAUCCGAAGAAACAAAAAUGAUUGACCUCAUCGAGCUGAAUGCCUUUACAGAUUUAGAAGAUCUCGCCUUGAAAAUCGAAGCUUCGGAGCCAUUACUGACAAAAUCCGUACAUGUACAAGUCCUUGAUGCCUUAAAAAAACUCCAAGAUCGCCAAAAAGAGCCAAUUAAGAACAAAUUCUACCUCUACAAGACUCUCUUGACACACAUCCUGCCCCUCACGAACAUCAGUUUCGACAAACAGGGGCAACAUUGCAUCACCGGAAGUUACGAUCGGACAUGUUGCGUUUGGAAUGUCGAAACUGGGAAUGAAGUAAGUGUCCUCCGUGGUCAUGAAAAUGUCGUUUUUUCCGUUGGAUUUAAUUAUCCAAAGUGUGAUCGCAUCAUAACCGGAAGUUUUGACAAAACGAGCAAAAUUUGGACAAUUCCGGGCACGAUGCUGGCAACUUUGUACGGGCACACGGCGGAAGUUAUUGGCGCAGAAUUUAGUCCGGGAACAGGAGAUCUCGUCGCCAGUUGUUCGAUGGAUGGCACAGCGCGGGUUUUUCACGCCGAAACGAGUCAAGAAACGCAUUUACUGAAGGAACACGGAGCUGAAGUCAUUUCCGCGCGAUUUGACAAAACGGGAACGUUGCUGUUGACCGGAAGUUUUGACGAAACAGCGAUUGUGUGGGAUUUGCGAGCCAAAGAACCAGCUUUGACGCUACGGGGACACGAAGCGGAACUGAGUAAUUGCAUCUGGAAUUUCACGUGUAGCAAUGUGGCAACGGGAUCUUUGGAUAAAACGGCGAGAAUUUGGGAUUUGCGGAAUAUUAAUUACUCUUACGCACUAAUUGGGCACAAAGAUGAGGUUCUUGACGUGGCUUUUGACUAUCCAGGGAAUCGUUUAGCUACCGCAAGCAGUGAUUGCACGGCAAAAGUUUGGGAUUUGAAGUCAAAUUACGAAUUACUCGCAAUUAUGGCGGGACACAUCGAUGAAGUCUCCAAAGUGAUGUUCAGUCCAUCGGGAGCUUUGCUUCUAACAGCUUCCGCUGAUAAAACUGCGCGUUUGUGGAACGCUAAAACGGGAAUUUGCACGCAAGUUUUGGCGGGACAUGAGGCGGAAGUGUUUUCGUGUCAAUUUAGUUAUAUUGGCGAUGCGAUCGUGACAUGUUCGAAAGACAACACUUGCAAGAUAUGGAGAUGA